UACGACCUGACAGAUACGAAUUGUCACUCCAACGCGGUAUUGUGUGUUAGUUUUUGUUUACCGGCAUAAUCUCGAACCACAUUAAUAAUGGCACUGAUUUGGAGGCACAUUGCCCGCCGUUGGUAUUCUGGCGGUGAUACAGCAUUCGCUAGAAAAUGGAUUUAUGCAAAAACGUUCAAAGGUGAACCAUCGCACGCUAACUUUCGGCUGGAAACCGAACCAAUUCCGGCGACGUUGCAGAAAGGGGAAUUUCUCGCCCAAGCUGAAUAUCUUUCGGUUGAUCCAUAUAUGCGGCCGUACAUGCUCGCUUACCCGGAAGGUUCGCUCAUGAUCGGUGGCCAGAUAGCGCGGGUAACGAAGAGUGCAAAUGAACAAUUCCCCGUAGGGGCAACCGUUUUUGGGCAGUUCGGUUGGCGAACGCAUACGGUGUGUGAUCCGGCAAAGUUGGAAAAGGAUAAACCUUAUGUAUUGCCCGAUUUUGGACAACUUCCCACAAGUCUUGGGCUGGGCAUACUCGGUAUGCCCGGAAAUACGGCGUACUUUGGACUGCAGGAACUAUGCCAACCGAAACCAAACGAAACGAUUGUGGUGAGCGGUGCAGCCGGAGCGGUCGGAAGUGUGGUAGGACAGAUCGGAAAGAUUCUCGGCUGUCGUGUGAUCGGGAUUGCCGGCUCGGACGCUAAAUGCGAAUGGUUACAGAAGGAUCUUGGAUUUGAUGGUGUAAUUAAUUACAAGCGGAAGAAUGUAUACGCCGAGCUGAAGAGUGCCGCACCGAAAGGGAUUGACUGCUACUUCGAUAAUGUUGGCGGAGACAUCACGGAAACGGUGCUGAAGCAGAUGAACGUGUAUGGAAGGAUUGCGGUGUGUGGUGCUAUUUCCAACUAUAACAGUGCGGUCACUAAAGUUACCGACCCGCAGCGACAGUUCGUCUUCAAGCAGUUACGCAUGGAAGGGUUUCUGGUGUGGCGGUGGAACGACCGUUGGAUGGAGGGCAUCGAGGCGAAUAUGCGCUGGAUACGGGAGGGUCGUCUUGCGUACCAGGAAACCAUUACCGAGGGUUUUGACAAGAUGCCAGAUGCAUUUAUCGAUAUGUUGCGUGGUGGCAAUACGGGCAAGGCGGUAAUUAAGGUGUAAUAUUAUCCUGUCGUAAUACAUGUUUUAUGCGUUUACGGAAUGCAUUUGUAAAACAGUGAUUGAGGUUUAAGAUUUUAAG